AAGUGGUUCAAACCAUUAACGAGACACAACCAAAAUGUGGAACAAUCGUGUGUUUAUUGCUGUGUUUGUCUGCUUGUCCGGUUGUGCUUCGUUUUAUACGACCUGCAAAGAUGGAUGGCUUCCGUUUAGGGGCUCCUGCUACCUAUUCCAUGUCGAAGCAAUGACGUUUACAUCAGCUGAGCAAUACUGUCGACAACACGAAAACAGUCAUCUUGUCCACAUAGACGAUGCCAUAGAGAAUAGUUUUUUGAAAGACCGAAUGGGCCUGUUUAAAGAUCGCUAUUGGUGGAUCGGACUAAGAGAUGAAGAUAUUGAAGGAGUCUGGAAAUGGCUCGACGACGAUGAGAUUGCAACAUUUACAGACUUCAAACCGGGCGAUGGAGGACCUCACAGCACAGAAGACUGUGCAGCGGCUGAGAUAUCUGAUUAUCGUUGGGUCGAUAUCGAAUGCUCUGCCACCUUACAUGUGCUGUGUGAAACCAGGUACUAGACUCCAUUAAACCCAAGGACACGAAGAGUCAUCAGUUAUCGGAUGAUGAGCGACAUGCACUGAAACAAACAGUUCUUAGACGUUAAAACACUCAAUCGCUGCCUUUGUAUUUGUUUUGACAUGUUUUUGGAACGAAAAACUCAUACGCAUCUAA